CGGAAACCACGUGACCUGGUACUGUCUCUUUAAAUUUACCCAGGAGCCCCUUAAGGAGCCCCAGGGGCCCCAAAGCUCGGCUCCCCACCCUGAAGACAAGCGAAGCUUCUGAAAAAAUCACACACAGGAGGCCAUUUGGAAGGGAAAGGACACAUAAGGCACUGAAUAAUCACUCGGAUGGGAGUGAAGUGCGACUUGAAAGUCGUAAAAGUUGAGCGAAGUUGAGCGGCGCGCUCGGCGCACACGGAGCGCCACGGCGCACACUUCCACGGCGAGGCGAGCGCGUCUGCUCCUGCCCAUCUCAGUGCACGAUCGGCGCAUGCUUGCUCGAAGUGCUGCGCUCCGAACAGCGUUUGGUACGAGGAGCGUGGACUUGGAUCGGGCCAGACAGGCAUGGAGGAAAACGAGCCGAGGGAGUCGGAGCCCGGGGUCCAGACGGAAAGCCUCUCAUUGAUUAUAAGCGAUGAGGGAGAGGAGGCCACUCCGCCUUACAGCGCUUCGGCACAGCUCACAGCAGGUGACAAUGACAUGAGCAAUGGUCACAUUAAAGAUGAUGGUCAAGCAGAUGUGGUCACUCAUGGGGACUCACAAGGGACAAGUUACUGGAGUGUUUCGGAGAGCCCUGAAUCUCCCUUCCUUCUAUCCCCUGUUCCAGGACCAUCUAGACCCAAACCGUCUCCAGGUAAAUCAGGGCGGGCGUCACGAACUGGCCAUAGCCGCAUCCCUGGUCGAGACCACCGCCGUUACUACCACGAGCACUGGAGAACUGAGUACCUAAUGGACUUUGACCCCAAGAGGAAUGGGAUGAUCUGCAUGGUAUGUGGUAGCUCCUUAGCCACUCUAAAGCUGAGCACCAUUAAGAGACAUAUCAAGCAGAAGCAUCCCGAUUCCUUGCUGUGGAGCGCAUCCGAUAAGGAGGUCAUUCGAUCGGGCUGGGAGAACCAUCUGAAUCUAGACACUAGUCAGACAUCCUGUCCAGAUUCAGCCAUUGCUUCGGACCCAGAGGAGACCCUAGAAUGUUCAAGCCUUUCUACAGACAAGCCUGGCAGUCCUGUGUUAGAUAAAACUGAAUCACAGUCUGAGCCUAGCAUGGCAAACUCCUCGUCGGCUCAGGAGUCACAGAUUGUGUCAACCGAGAUUCUGGAGCGCUACGUGAAUGACUCGCUACACGCCUGGUUCCGUCAGGAGUUCCUAAUGGAGUACCAGGCAGAGGCAGGCAGGCUGGUGUGCAUGGUGUGCAGCCAUCCCUUGCCUUCGCUACAUCUUGACCACAUCAAGAGGCAUGUACUGGAGCAGCAUCCCAACUCCCUAGUAUACAGUGCAGAGGAGAAACAUCGCAUCCUGAAGAGCUGGGCCCAAAGCCAGGACUCUGCAGUAGACUAUAUCAAGGCAGAGCCAGACACCAAAGAUCUGAGUGUGAACAGCCCAGGGAAGCUUCCUUCCUCAGAGCAUGACUCUCUCAAGUACAGCACGGAGCCAAGAGGGUCUGGGAGAGAAUCGGAUGCCCAUCCUCAGCUCACCCCUAACACCACACUAAAAAACAGCUGCCCCUGGCAUCUACGCCUGGAUUAUCUGGUUGCUAUUGGGCCUCCGAGCAGGCCGGGCUGCUACUGCAUGGUGUGUUCUGAGGAGUUGCCAGUGGUGAGAGUCAGCAGCUUUCGCAGGCACAUACUGGACUGCCACCCUGAGACCAGCAAUCUGAGCCCAAAAGAGAGAGAAGAUAUAGCCAGCGCCUGGACGCAGGACACCAUGGAGGAACAAGAAGCACAUUUAGACCAAGCCACUCCCAGCGAUGCGCCUUUUGAAAACAAGCCGCCGUCCAUAAAACCAUCCAUCAGACAGAAGGAUAACGGGGAGAUGUCGAAGGUCCUGUCAGUGCCAAUUAUCGGGCGACACACACAUUACCCAGGCAAGGACCAGCGUCGGAACUACCAGGUGCGCUGGCGCAUGGAGUACCUGAUGGACUACGACUGCAGGAGGCACGGGCUGAUCUGCAUGGUGUGCGGCGCCACGCUGGCGACUCUAAAGGUGAGCACGAUCAAGAGGCACAUCCAGCAAGUCCACCCCCACUCGCUGAACUAUAGUCCUGAGGAGAAGCAGCAGGCAACAGAGAGCUACAGCCAAGCCACGCAGCACUUCGUUCACUCCGAUAGUUGCUGCGCAGGCUCAGAUCACAGUCAAAUAGCGCAGACUAACACUAACGACGAGACGGAGCAGGUCUAAUGAACAGUGGGUGGAUGUGGCAUGCUUUCUUGCACUCAGGAAGUAGAUUGCUGGAACAAGCCAAAAAAAGAUCUCCACAGCUUUUUAGUUUGGAAUAUAAGCUUGAUACAAAUAAUUGUUUUGCAAUUUUUUUGUUUUUGAUUUCACACCAUGGUGGUGGUUUUAACCAGCGAUCUGCAUGGAGGUGGAGAAAAAUGUAACGUCGUUUCCUUCAGAAGAAUGAUGUCACUGGCCUGAAAAAGAAAUUAAGGACCUUUUCUAUCCCCCUAAGCACCUUUUUUUUUAAUGCAUUCGUAUUUGUACAGUGCAGUCUUUGCUGAGAUCUAUUGAUUGCUGCAGAUUGCAAGGUUUAAAGUACCAGAGGGAUCGUUUUGCAUGUGUUCAGCAAUGCAGUGGGCAGCACAUUCAGCACUUAACAAAUCGCUUGGUGUGAGGGGCCGGGGGGUUGAUAAGCAAGAAAACUGUUAGGAAGCAUGGCUUCUAAAACAGCACCUUGUAAAGCACACACUGUGUGUAGAGUGGACAGUUCAAUGCAUUUCAAAGAUUUUUUUGAUUUAGUAACUCAACAUUAAUGAAUAGAACACAUGACAAAAUAAUUGAUACCUACUUUCAAAGUGCUACCUAUCAAUUAGGUAUGUGAUUAUUUUUUUUCUUUCUCCCCCAACUACCAUUUCAAAGACUUACUGAAAUAUAAAUAUAUAUAUAUAUUAAAGCCCUUUGCUGCAUUAUAAAGGAAAAUGAGGGGCACAAGUCCAUGUCUCAGGGAAUGUGUGCAAUCAGGGCUUGCCAUUUAUCCUGUAGAUUCAGCAUUUCUUUUUGUGACUUGCCCACUGACUAUAUAAAACAUACUAAAUGAUGCAAUUAAAUUCUCAACAAACUGAGUGAAAAGAUGCAACUACUUUCAGUCAUGUUCUUAUGUAACUUAAGUGGGAGUGAAUUCAUGUACAUGUAUUUUUUUUAUGUGAAGUGGAAGUGUGAAAAGGUAAAACUUGUCUUUUUCUUUAUUUAAAAACCUACCUUUUGU